AUGGCCAAAGGACAGAAGCGCAAGUUCCUGUGGGAUUUAGAUGGUGCGUAUGAGAACGAGCGUCAGUGUGUGUUAGACAUUUCCCUAGGCAAGUUCCACCACAUGCACAUGUUGGAGACUAGUUUGCGGUGUAAGGUGCUCGUUGGCAACACUCUACGCAAAAUCCAGGAGGAGAUCCAUCUAGAGGGCAUUCUGACGAAGGAGGUGAACCCUUGCACUGUAACCUCACCUUGUGCCGCUACAGAGACUUGUCCGCGAGUCGACAACAGUAGCCCCCCGCUCUCUGUGACCGUGGGAGCAGAGAAUACUGGUGAUGCCUGGUCAGCACUGUCCUCUGAAGAGCAGUUGUCCCUAGUGUCAGCCAUCAAUUGCAUCUUGAAGGACCUAGAUUCAGUCUUUGAUGGCCCUCAACCACAGACGCAGGUCCCACUUGGGUCCACUGGAGAUUCAGGUACUGAAGAAAACCACAUCAUGGAGACAGGAAUUUUGGGGAGCUUUGAGAUCAUCCCUUCCUGUUACCUCAGUGAUGCUGCGUUCGAUGACCCCUUUGGGGAUAUCGACACAUCUCAUUUUCAGCCGGAGAUGGCUUACUUGGAUUCACAACCCUUUAGUGCAGCUGCCACUGAUGCAGCCUUGAACUCAACAACAGUAUCCUCAUCAUUAUCACUGUCUUUCCACAGUCAGAAUUCAAGGGACCUGAGCGAACUUGAUCACAUUAUGGAUAUUCUUGUAGGGUCCUGACACUGGUUACACUGCGUGUUUUGCAAUUUCUUUGAAGUCUAACAUUUUGCCACUUUAAUUUAGGGUCCCAGGUUAUUACAUGACUCAUUCUGCAUUGUUUGGGUCCUUCUCAACUACAUACUGUUGGUGAUUCUGACAUGAGUAGCUUGCCUUUUAAGAAACUUUUAUUUAUAUUUUAAUAUAUUUUGCUGUGAAAUAUUUCAAGUUUAUUAAAGUCAAACAAAAUGAAGAACCAGUAUUUGUGUUCUACUGUUCAGUAUUGAAAACAUUGAGGUUAUGUAGACAAUGUAUUAGUGUCAUCUUCUGUGAAGAUUGAUCUUUAUUUGGAUUUUGAUUUGUAAUUUAUCUUCAACUGUUAUCUAUAAAUCCUCUGGUCAAUAGUACACCAUGUGCCUUAUCAAACUUCUGCCUUGACCCACAAGACCUUUGCCCUCUGGUCUACUUGGGGUCUCUAAAAGAUUUUCAACAAAAUCUGUAUUCUGUGGCAUUUGUGGCACAUGAAAUGUUUCCUGAAUUCCAUUCCCCCUACCAACAUUGAGUAUUGCUCACAAAAGUUGUACUGAAUAUUUAGUGUAAUUUAAUAUUUGCUUUGGUUUCAGGUUCUUUAAAAGAGGUGAUGUUUUGCAUUGAUUACAUUUGCAUGCUGGGGAUUGCAAAUACCUUGUUGUAGAGUGGUUGUUCAGAAUCAAGCAAGCAUUAGGAAUUGUUCUUUAAGUGAGCCUGGGGUUUCUGGUUGUGAUGUAUUAAUGGACUUUUAUUACUGCCUCAUUUGAUAA